AUGGGUAACGAGUACACGGUGCCAGAAUAUAUGCUCGAGUGGGUGAUAGGACUGUCACCGAGUGUCGGGGGAAAAUCAUGGGAGGGUUGUACACAUAUGUACAUUCCAGCGUGCAUCAAUAAACACUAUGUUACGCUGGAGAUCAUUUUUGCUGACUCGACUAUAUAUGUGUACGACACAGAUCAUUCAUGUUUGACACAAGGCCAGUUGGAGCAAAAUCUGGAGUCUGUGACUGUCAUUGUUCCUAUGAUGGCCAGACGAGCGGGGAUAAAUGUACAGGACAGAUUGCGGAUCGUUCGGAACACGACGACAGCGCGACAGUCCGUAAGCGGCGACUGUGGCAUAUUUGCCAUUAAGUACCUCUGCACCGGCCACACCUACGCGGUCAAGGAAACUCUCUGA